GAUUCUCCAGGACAUGACCGAAGUUCCAAGCUCUGAACUCUGAAGCAGUUCGUCGAAACGGCCGUCUCACCGCGGGGCGCCUCCAUGGACGGCCCUGACCCCUCGCCGGCGAGCGAGUUGCCGUUCCGCAUCAGCUUCUCCGGCCACGGCGGCCACCUCCGCCUCGACCCUACCCCGCAACCGUCCAGCGCCAUUCCCGACUUCGUCCCGCCGCCGGCCUACCCGCCUGGGAGCCCGAGCAGCGUGAAGGAGUACCUCGAGGCGAACUACCUCAACCCCGAGCUCCACCUCCCCACCGCGGCCGAUGCCGGGAGGGUGUGGGACUUGGACUGGUUCGCCCUGGCCAAGCCACCGCUGGAGCCCUCCGCUCCCCGCACCAUGCUCGCGCCCGCCUGGGAGCCGCCUUUCCGGCGCGGUCGGGGGACGUCGCAGUCCGCGUCGGAGCCGCAAGUAUGGGAUCCUGAGUCCGUGCAGAUGGAGAUGGGCGAGGUGUUCGGUUCGGGGACCGGGGGGUUGGCGCCGCGGAUGCCUGGUCCGGCGAAGGACUUCGUCAGGGGGAGCAUCAACAACAGACCCUUUCGUCCGGGUGGUCUACUGGAUGAUGAUGCUGAGGUGGCUGCAUUGGAGAAGGCAUUCCCAGAGGGUGCGCGGAACGGUGAUUGGGUGCAUGAGCUUAUGACCGGUGGCCCGGCGCAGGUUGCUCCUCCGGGGUUCCGCAAGGGAUUGGAGUUGGGCCCGUUGAAGGAGUAUAAAAGCCACUGGAAGUGUUUCCGGAAUGGAGAACUUGUAGAGGAGCAACCUGCAUCGUCAUCGAAUGAUACAAUGGAAAAAUACUCGGUGCAGUUUGAUGAUCUUUUCAAGAUAGCUUGGGAGGAAGAUGCCGCCAACAAGGCGUUACAGGAGGAUGAUGUUCAACAAUCAGCUGAAGAUGAGGGAACUGAAGGAGUUGGCGAACAAAAAGUUGAUGCAUUGCAAGAUGCUUCUGAGACCGUAACCAAGCUAGAUGCUGAGAAACAUGAAGUAGAUGCUAUAAGUGAUGAUCCUGGAACUCAAACAGACUUGGAUCUAAUGCUAUCUGCUGAAGUUCAAUAUGCACGAAGAGAAUCAGGUGUAUCAGGUGAUGACAAGCCAACACAGGAUGGCAAGGUUUGGGCACUUGUUGGCGGGGACGAAGACAUUGUGACUAACUUCUACAAACUCGUUCCUGAUAUGGCAAUUGAAUUUCCAUUUGAAUUAGAUAAGUUCCAGAAGGAGGCUAUAUAUUAUCUUGAGAAGGGUGAAUCAGUCUUCGUUGCAGCCCAUACUUCAGCAGGAAAGACAGUUGUUGCCGAGUAUGCAUUUGCUUUAGCAACAAAACAUUGUACUCGGGCUGUCUAUACUGCUCCUAUUAAAACUAUCAGCAACCAGAAAUACCGAGAUUUCUCUGGGAAGUUUGAUGUAGGACUUCUGACAGGAGAUGUCAGUAUCAGGCCAGAGGCAACUUGUUUAAUUAUGACUACUGAAAUAUUGCGCUCAAUGCUCUACAGAGGUGCGGACAUUAUACGCGAUAUUGAAUGGGUAAUCUUUGAUGAAGUGCAUUAUGUAAACGACGCUGAAAGAGGUGUAGUUUGGGAGGAGGUUAUUAUAAUGCUCCCGAAGCACAUUAACAUUGUUCUUCUUUCGGCAACGGUUCCAAAUACAGUUGAAUUUGCUGACUGGAUUGGUCGAACAAAGCAGAAGAAAAUUCGUGUCACUUCGACCAACAAAAGGCCUGUUCCGCUUGAGCAUUGCUUGUUCUACUCUGGAGAAGUGUACAAAAUAUGCGAGAGGGAUACCUUUCUUACUCAAGGAUUUAGAGAAGCAAAAGAUUCUUUCAAAAAGAAAAAUUCGAACAAGCUUGGAGUGAAACCUGGUCCAAAGUCAGGAACCCCUGCAGUACGUGCUGGAACUCAAGGCAAAAACCCAGAUACAUCAAACAGGGGGAGAGAUCAGAAGUACCCAAAGCACCACAAUGCCAAUUCAGGAUCAGCAGUGGUUUCACAAAGCUCCUCAGGGCCAAAGAGACCAGACUCUUCAUUUUGGAUGCCGCUUGUGAAUAACCUUCUGAAGAAAUCCCUAGUGCCUGUGGUGAUCUUUUGUUUCUCAAAGAAUCGUUGUGAUAGAUCGGCAGAUAGCAUGUUUGGCGCUGAUCUCACCAGUAGUUCGGAGAAAAGUGAAAUCCGUGUCUUCUGUGACAAGGUGUUUUCACGCCUUAAAGGAUCUGAUAGGAACCUUCCACAGGUUGUGGGAAUACAAAGCCUUCUACGAAGAGGAAUUGGAGUGCACCAUGCUGGGCUUCUCCCUAUUGUGAAGGAAGUAGUUGAGAUGCUAUUCUGUCGUGGUGUGAUCAAGGUACUGUUUUCCACUGAAACAUUUGCAAUGGGUGUUAAUGCACCAGCAAGAACGGUUGUAUUUGAUUCCUUAAGAAAGUUUGAUGGAAAAGAACACCGAAAAUUGCUUCCAGGGGAGUAUAUUCAAAUGGCUGGACGAGCUGGUAGGAGAGGACUUGAUAACAUUGGUACAGUGAUCAUUAUGUGUCGUGAUGAAAUUCCUGAAGAAAGUGAUUUGAAAAAUUUGAUUGUUGGAAAACCAACUCGAUUGGAAUCUCAAUUUCGAUUAACAUACACUAUGAUACUACAUCUUCUACGUGUGGAGGAGCUGAAGGUCGAGGACAUGCUCAAGAGAAGUUUUGCAGAAUUCCAUGCACAAAAGAAUUUGCCAGAGAAGGAAAAGCUACUUCUACAAAUGCUUCGUCAACCUACAAAGACAAUAGAUUGCAUAAAAGGAGAGCCUUCAAUUGAAGAAUACUAUGAGAUGGCAUUAGAAGCUGAGGCACAUAGGGAAUCUAUAACAGAAGCAAUUAUGCAGUUGCCCAGUACUCAACAGUUCCUUAUGCCUGGGAGAUUGGUGGUCGUUAAAUCUGAAUCUGAUGAUGAUCACUUACUUGGUGUUAUACUGAAAUGUCCAUCUCAAACACUAAAUAAAUACAUUGUCCUUGUAUUGACUGGUGAUUGCACUUCAUCUGCAUUAUCCCCUGUGUUGUCCAAUAAAACUGAAAAGGAACCUGGGGAUUUCCAACAAGGACACUUUAUUAUCCCGAAAGGAAAACGCGGCAUGGAGGAUGAGUAUUUCUCAUCUGGCAGCUCACGAAAAGGUUCAGUUGUUAUCAAAAUCCCCCUACCAUACAAGGGGGAUGCAUCUGGAAUGGGCUUUGAAGUAAGAGCAAUAGAGAAAAAAGAGAUCAUGAGUAUAUGCACCUGCAAAAUAAAGAUUGAUCAAGUCAAACUCCUUGAGGAUUGUAGCAAAGCUGCUUACUCCAAAACUGUCCAACUGCUUAUAAAAGAGCAACCAGAUGGAACUAAGUAUCCUCCUGCUUUAGAUGCAAUAAAAGAUCUAAAAUUGAGGGACAUGCAUUUUGUUGAAAGAUACAUUGCAUAUCACAGACUACUGCAAAAAAUGUCUGAAAACAAGUGCCAUGGUUGUAUAAAACUAAAGGAGCAUAUAUCAUUGAUGAGGGAGCAAAAGAUGUACAAGGAUCAGCUGAAUGAAUUGAAAUUCCAGAUGUCAGAUGAGGCGCUUCAACAGAUGCCGGAGUUUCAAGGCAGAAUUGAUGUACUAAAGGUAAUCAACUACAUUGAUUCUGAUCUAGUUGUGCAACUUAAGGGACGAGUAGCCUGUGAAAUGAACUCAGGAGAGGAGUUAAUAUCCACAGAAUGUCUGUUUGAGAAUCAAUUGGAUGACCUAGAACCUGAAGAAGCUGUGGCCAUUAUGUCUGCAUUUGUCUUCCAACAGAGGAAUGCAUCAGAACCAUCUCUUACUCCAAAAUUGGCUGAAGCCAAAAAGAGGCUUUAUGACACGGCAAUCAGACUAGGACAGCUCCAAGCACAGUUCAAGGUGCCUGUGGAUCCCGAGGAGUAUGCACGUGACAAUCUCAAGUUUGGCCUUGUUGAGGUUGUCUACGAGUGGGCAAAGGGAACACCUUUCGCCGACAUAUGUGAGCUGACAGAUGUAUCCGAGGGGCUCAUUGUAAGAACGAUCGUUCGGCUGGAUGAAACAUGCAGAGAAUUCAGGAAUGCAGCUUCGAUAAUGGGGAACUCUGCGCUGUACAAGAAGAUGGAGGUCGCGUCCAAUGCUAUUAAGCGUGACAUUGUGUUUGCAGCAAGCUUGUAUGUCACAGGAAUCUGAUACCUGUAAGCUUGUACUCGCUUUUGCCGUUGUUAGAGAAAUUCCUUCCCUGCUGUGGUGGAUCUCCAAUUUGUCGGCGUAAGCCUAGCCGUAGUAAGAACCAAACAGCUCGAUGGCAUGAAAGAAUGAUGUCUAAUGGAAGUUGAACAUGCUCGUCAGCAGGCCUAAAAUCUGGAUAGUGAUAUGAAUUUGAUGCCUACUGCAAUGCGAAACUAGACUGCGAAGCUGAUGCAGAGCUAUAAAAGCUUGGGUAACUGCCAAUCUUAUCUUA